CCUUUUGUUGAGUCCCAAUCAAAACUCAAAAAGGAGUCCUGAAACCAUAAAAGAUCCUCUCUCUCUCUAUCUUCUCGCUGCCAACUCUGGUGGUUUCCCACAGUGCAGAAACCGCAGAAACAAAGCUUUCAUGGCGGACGCCACGAAGCUUUCAUCCAUCAAUGGUGGAAGUAUGAUCUCAGAACUCAAGAAGAUCCUGCCCAGAACCAAGAGAAACUUGACUUUUCUCUAUGGCUCCACGCUUGUUUUCCUUGCUUUCACUCUUCUCUUGGCCUUCAACCCUUCUUCAAACGCCUCUUCACGCCUGAUCAUCAUCUUCCCCAGUUCCAGUUCAAGUUUCAGAUCCCAAUUCUCCCCAUUUUUCUAUCAGUUCUUCCCAAAUUCUUCCCAACCAAACAGCACUGCCGGAUCUCAAAACACCACGGUUCAAUCGGAGAUUCUGUGUAGAGGGCCAUCCGCUGCGAAAAACGGGACCCAGAAUGAAGAUUCGAGCAAUGAAGUUGAAGCCGUCAAACCAAAUCGGAAGACGAGUUCUGGGAAAAAGUUGAAGAAACAGAGCAGUGCGGAGUCGUUGAUGAAGUGCGAUUUGUUUGAUGGAGAAUGGGUGAGAGAUGAUUCGUACCCUAUGUAUGAGCCUGGUUCGUGUUCGCUGAUGGAUGAACAAUUCAAUUGUUUUCUCAAUGGUCGACCCGAUGAUGCUUAUCAUCAACUCAAAUGGAAGCCCAAAGGAUGCACUCUUCCCAGGUUGGAUGGAAAUCACAUGCUGAAACUGUUAAGAGGAAAAAGAUUGGUUUUUGUGGGCGAUUCUCUCAAUAGGAACAUGUGGGAAUCUCUGGUUUGCAUCCUCAGAAACUCCGUCAAAGAUCAGAGCAAGGUAUAUGAAGCUUCCGGCCGGCACCAUUUCCGAACCGAAGCUUCCUAUUCCUUUGUAUUCCAAGACCACAAUUGCACCGUGGAGUUCUUCGCGUCGCCUUUCUUAGUUCGGGAAUGGGAGAUGCCGGACACAAAUGGAUCAAAGAGGGAGACGCUUCGGCUGGAUCUAAUGGGGAGCUCUGCGGAUUAUUACAGAAGUGCAGAUAUCAUCGUCUUCAACACCGGGCACUGGUGGACUCAUGAGAAGACUUCCAAGGGGAAAGACUAUUACCAGGAAGGAAGCCAUGUUUACAGUGAAUUGGACGCUCUUGAAGCGUAUCGAAGAGCUCUAACGACGUGGGGAAGAUGGGUCGACGCCAAUGUAAAUCCAUCCAAGACUCAAGUUUUCUUUAGGGGCUAUUCUCCGUCGCAUUUCAGCGGCGGACAGUGGAACUCGGGCGGCCAAUGCGACGGCGAGACGGAGCCGAUAAAGAACCAGACAUACCUAUCGCAGUACCCGGCGAAGAUGAAGACAUUGGAGAGGGUAUUGAAAGGGAUGAAAACUGGGGUGAGUUACAUGAACGUGACAAGAAUGACGGAUUAUCGGAAGGACGGCCACCCGUCGAUCUACCGGAAGGCGAACCUGACGGCGGAGGAGAGGAAAUCGGAGGUGAGGUUCCAGGACUGCAGCCACUGGUGCCUUCCGGGCGUGCCGGACGCUUGGAACGAGCUUCUUUACGCCCAACUUCUGGUGAAACCACGUAACAUAUAUAUAUAUAUAGGUAAGUAAAGCAACAAAAUACGUACGUACAUACAUACACACACACAUAGAGAAACGAUGAUUGAUGGCACAAAACAAGAUGUGUAUAUGUAUCCAAUCCAAUGGUAAAUUAUUAUUAUUAUUAUUAUUGUAAAAUGAACACUCACUGACUGACUUGGUUGUGAAACUAUAACUUUUCUUCUUCUGUUUAAUGUCCACAACGCUUUGGAUGAGGAUUAGAGAAGUUCAAAAAUUAUGGA